AUGGCCAACGUACAAAGGGUUGUUGAGGAUGAAGUGAAUACAGAACCAGAAAUGGAUUCUGAACUAGAUGAUGUAGAACUAGUUGGUAUAAUCCGUUCAGUAUCAACAGAAAACAGAGGAAUCAUUCAAGAAAUUCGCAAACGAGCUGAUCAAGAUCCGUCUCAUUGUACGUUGUUUGUUCAUGGAUUAGAUUGGGAAACAACAGCAGAACAACUCAAUGAGAUUUUCUCAACUUAUGGCGAUAUCAUCCAAUGUAGAGUUGUUGUUGAUAGAAAUACAGGGAAAUCUAAAGGGUACGGUUUCAUAUUAUACAAGCAUCGAAAAUCUGUGUUGAAAGCUUUGAAAGAGCCUUCAAAAAAGAUCGGUAAUCGAACGGCGAUUUGCCGUUUAGCUACAAAUCAACAACAGCAGAGGAAAAUAUUUGUAGGUAAUGUAGAUUCUGAGAUAUCGGUUAUGAAACUACACUCGUUUUUUUCCAAGUAUGGGGAAAUCGAAAAAGGUCCUUUGGGGUCUGAUAUGAACACCGGGAGAUUUAAAGGGUUUGCUUUGUUUAUCUAUAAAACUGUUGAUGGCGCAAGAAGGGCUUUAGAAGAACCAAUUAAAAGGUUUGAAGGACAUAUGCUGUAUUGUCUAAUGACUACUGAUCAAAGGCAAAAAAUUGGUUCCGCUGGAGGUGGUGGUUUUAGUCCAUAUGCUGGUGUUAAUGCUCGAAAUGGGGUUGCACAGCCUUAUUGUCAGGGGAUUCUCGGUGCUGCUGCUCAAGCUAAUGUCCAAUGCAAGAAUUCUAUGUAUGCGUGCACUUCUAUUGACAAACAGAUUCAGAAGAACCAGAAAAUCCCAUCUUCAACCAUUUAG